CAUAUUUUUAUUUUACUUUCAUCCGCAGAAUCAAGAAAGUGCUAAUCAUGUUUCCCGGUGAAUGAUCCAGAAACCAAAGACUUCUGAAGGCUUGCUGAUGGGGUUUAGCAAUAUAACCAGGCGUUUCUUUUCUCCUCUCUCGACGACCCACUUGUUCUUAACCAUUCUCAACGCAUUCCUAUUAUUAUAGAGCCACGAAUUGGGGAUUGGUUUCUCAUCCUAUUCUUAUUCAUAGUUUCGCUUCGCUACCUCUUGGAAGAUCCAUUUUGUUGUGUUUUUAUUCGGGUUUUAGAAAAUGGUCGAACGGAAGCUCUUUAAAACGAAGUUAUGUGUAUUGUAUCAAAAGGGUCAUUGUUCGCGCCAGAAUUGCUCCUUCGCCCAUGGAAGUGCUGAGCUUCGACAAUUUUUGGGUUCUUAUAAUGGUAAGUGGGACCAUCGAGGUGGUGACUUGAGGGAUAAGCUUCACAAGAGGCUUUCUCCUGAGUGUAGAUAUUCUCCAGGAAGAAAUACAAGAGGCUGGCACACAUAUCGUGGACCUAGCCCUUCCAGGUCCCUUGAGAAAAAUAGUGACAGAAAACACAGGAAAAAACGGCAUUUUGGUGGUCAAAGUGAUUUAUCUGGAAGUCUGAAAAGCUCAGAUGCGGCAGAAGAUCAAGUUAAAAGAAGAAAAAGUGCAUCAAGUGAUUCUAGAAUUGUUCUUAAGGUGAAGCAAAGAGAAGUACAGUUAGAGAUUGACAUGCUUGAUCAACAAAAUUCUCAAUUAAAGACCUUACUAGAAGAGAAAGUUGAAGAAGCAGAUAUUCUAACUUCCAGAAUUCAGGAGCUUGAUUGUCAAUUGUCCAAAGAAAAAGAGGAGUGUAAAAGAACCAUUUCAAAAAUCAAGAAGUUUGUCAAAGCACAUAAGCAUUAUGUUCAUGUUCAAGAGGAUUUGAAAAGGUCACAAGUUCGACUUCAGAGGCAGGGAGAUCACCUUGGCUCUGGCACUAUUACAACUGGAGCAAAUGAAGAGGAUUCAAGCAUCAAUAUUGUCAGUGAUGGAGAUGCUCCUGGUUAUCUUCCUGUCAUCCCACAGAAUGAGGUGCUGAAUAAUUAUUCUCCUGGCAAGAAAGGUCUGCAUGUUAAACGUGAUACUACAGAUGAAACGACAAAAGCAAAUUUAACCAAUGGUGGAGGAUAUCAUACUGGGACUAUGAGACGGGGGAAGCUUUCUCAAUUAAGUGAACACCCUGGGCAAUUGAUUAUCAACAAGGAAGUUGAGAUGGCAGACAGUGGGAAUGAUGUUCAUCAUCCUACUGGAAAUGAAAGUAAACAAAAGAGAGGAAAGAGUGUUUCUGCAAGCAUCCCUUCUGCAGAUAAGGUUAUCUCCCCCCCAAUCCCCUCUUUUCCUUUGAUGCUCUUUUUUUCCUGUGUUGGAGAUUUUAUUUUGUUAUCAACUGGUGGUGCUGCUUUUGAUCAGUUUGUGGUACAGCUAAAGGGUUCAGGCUCGGGCCUUUUGGCACCAUCAACCAGCAUGGCUGCUCAUGCAGUUGAUGAAUUAGUCGACAUUGAAGUGGAGGAGAAUAUUGAGGUGGUUGAAACUGCUUCAGUGGAGAUUGAUAAAGGGGCCACUACAUAUGGGGUCAGAAGGUUACCUUUUUUGCUUCCUCUUCCUCUUCCAGUCCCUCAGAGUACGUACUCACAGUACAAGGGCAAAAACAAGAAUGUUGAUGUUGAAGGGCUGGAGGAGAUGGUAGAUGUUGACAUUGUUUGAAUCCAUAACGGUUCUGUAAAGGAUUUUAUAUCUUUUGAUAUGGCUCAUUUAUGAUCAGCAGAUUGGAAUCAGAAAUUGGCGAUCUUCAUGUGGAUAGUUUUGGGUUAUAAUCAGCCUGGAAUUCUAUUGUUGUUUUGUUUUCUAUCAGGAGUUAAAUUUAUAAAUUUGUUGCUUAUCAAA